AUGACUGUGGGAAAGAGCAGCAAGAUGCUGCAGCACAUUGACUCCAGGAUGACAUGUGUCCUGCAAGAUGAUUGGAUCUUCACUGGCACCUUUAAGGCUUUUGACAAGCAUAUGAACUUGAUGCUCUGUGAUUGUGAUGAGUUCAGGAAGAUCAAGCCAAAGAAUUCAAAGCAACCAGAGCGUGAAGAAAAUCAGGCUUUGGAUCUGGUGUUGCUGUGCCGGGAGAACUUGGUUUCCAUGACUGUGGAGGGACCACCCCCCAAAGAUACUGGCAUUGCUUGGAUAUCACUUGCCGGAGCUGGAGGAGGCCCUGCGGUUGGCAGAGCAGCUGGCAGAGAUGCUCCACCUGGUGUUCCAAUUUCCCAGGCUCCUGCUGGAUUAGCAGGCCCUGUCUGAGAGGUUGCCGGGGAGGCAUCCGAACAGGUAAUGACCCUACAGGGAAGAAGUGAUGUAAGUCUUUUAAAUCAGAUCGGUUGA